AUCAAUUGAAUAAUGGUUGUGGUUGGUUGAUGUUUGGUUAGGGUUUUAUGCAAGAAAAGAUUUUUCUCUUUACUUAAUUUAGUUGCUAGUAUUCUUCUGAUCCAGAAUAUUAGAUUGUUGCUAAUCAAAAACUUUUUGAAUCUAAUUUCCUGCAAUAAGGAUUACGUGAAAACCAACCAUGGACGAACAUAGAAAUGUGGAGGAUACUCCUGCAUCUCAAAGACUCACGAAUGAUGACUUCAGGAAGUUAUUGAUGACCCCUCGAGCAACUCCUUCGGGGGGCUCCCAUCCUGCGGGCUCUGUACGGGAGGCUAUGGCUAAUGCAGGAUCUAUGCCUCCACCAGCAGAAAACAAAAGUGAGUUACGUCGUAAAAAGAAAUCUUACUAUGCAGCAUUGAAGAAACAAGAAGAUAACAAACUUGCAGAGCUCGCAGAAAAGUACCGUGACAGAGCGAGGGAGAGAAGAGAUGGCUCUAAUGACAUUGGGCCUGCAGAUCCCACCAGCAAUACUAGUAGUGCUUAUAGAGCUGUAGCUCCAGAUCUCAAAUCUGGCAUGGAUGCCAAGGAAAGAAGGCGACAGCUUAUUCAGGAAUCUAAAUAUCUAGGUGGUGACAUGGAGCAUACUCACUUGGUGAAAGGUCUUGAUUACGCUUUGUUGCAAAAGGUUCGAUCUGAAAUCCAAACAAAGGAACAAGAGCAAGAAGCGGAAAUGGAGAGACUUGUGUCCGUCCCUGCUCCUGAAGCGGUCAAAGAAAAGAAGGAAGUAGUUGUGGAGGAAGAAAUGCAAUUCAAGACUACAAUGGGAAAGAAUAUCUACAACAUGAUUUUGGAACAAAAGAGUAAGAAGGUGUCCCGGAACGAGUUAUUCGCGGCGGGUCGGAUGGCGUACGUGGUGGAGCUGGAGGAGGAGACGGCGCUGGACAGCGACAUCCCGACCACGCUGACGCGCAGCAAGGCGGACGUGCCGGACGACGCCGGCGCCAGCUCCGCCGCCGCCGGCCACGUGCUGCUGGACAAGCUGGCGCAGAUCUUCUCCUACCUCCGGCACGGCCGCCACAGGAAACUUAAGAAGACCAAGGACAAAACAACAGAGAAAGGUCGCGCAGACGACUCCAUCUACGGGGAGAUAGGGGAAUAUGUGGCGGAGCGUCGAGCGGAGCGGCGGGACGAGCGGCCGCGGGACGGGUACUUCGACAAGACCAGCCGGGACGCCGAGAAGGAGGAGGGUCCGGGUCCUUUGGCGCGGCGCACUGGCGCGUCGGCGGAAGAGCGAGACAAGCGAUCGGCCGCACUGCUCUCGCGGUUGGCGGCGGAGCCCGAGGGCUACGCCGAGUGCUACCCCGGCCUGCGGGAGAUGGACGACGCCAUCGACGACUCUGAUGAUGAAGUGGACUAUACCAAGAUGGACGCCGGCAAUAAGAAGGGACCUAUCGGCCGCUGGGACUUCGACACCCAGGAAGAGUACUCAGCCUACAUGAGCAGCAAGGAGGCGCUUCCUAAAGCAGCCUUCCAAUACGGGGUGAAGACGCAGGAUGGGCGUAAGACAAGGAAGACCAAGGACAAGAGCGAGAAGGCAGAGUUGGACCGGGAGUGGCAGCAGAUUCAAAAUAUCAUUCAAAAGCGUAAAGCACCGCAGAAUUCAGAAGAGCCAAGUUACAAGACGCCGAAAUACUAACAUCCUAGAUAUAUGUGUGUGAGUGUGCUUAUUUGUAUAUUUAAGACCUCAGAUUUUUUGUAAUAUUCGUCAUUCAAUAUUGAAACUUAUUAAGUUUCACUAUUCGAUAUCCUAUAUUUCACACAAACAAGAAAAAUAUAACAAUAUUAAGAUUAGAAAUUAGAGUUACAAGUAUAAUUUUACUUCAUAUACCACAAAAAUAAUAUAUGUUCUACAUGGAUUUGUUAUGUUCCUGAAAUAACAUAAAAUAGUAAUAAUCACUACAUAGUAUAAAACAAAGUUGCUUCCCGCUAUCUGUCUGUCCCUAUGUAUGCUUCGAUCUUUAAAACAACGCAACGGAAUAUGAUGCAGUUUUUUUAAAAGAUAGUGUGAUUCCUUAGGUUUAGGUGUAUAAUUUAUUAUGGUUUUACCCAUUAUGUCGGGACGGGCCGUUGGUAUACUAAAAAAUUUUUUAUGCAGGCACUUGUAAAAUAUAUGUCCCAUAUCACCAAAAGUUCACUAAAGAUUAGUUCAAUAUAAAAGUAUUUUGUACUUUGUAAUUAUCCAAUAUGUUUGUUAUCUAAAUGUAAUUAAUUUUAGGUACUGUGUUGCUUGCAACUUGUGUUGGCUAAGGUUUUCUUAAGUGCCUGAUAGAAUGUGUGCUUAUAAUUAAGUAUAAGUCUGUAUAUAAAAAUAUUAUUUUAGGUUUUAUGUAAUAAUAAAUAUUGUAUUCAAGUGUA